GCCCGCUCGCAGGCAGCGGAACCUUCGCACCGGCCACGCGCGCUUCCGGCCGGCGCCUUUUCCCAGGGACGCCGCCGCCCCUCGCGCCCCCGCGCCCGCCGCCCCCGGUCCCCCCGAGUCCCCAGCGUCCCGGUUCCGCCGCCGGCGCCGCCUCGGGGACCGCGGCUUCGCUCCUCCUCCUCCUCCGGACCCGAGAGGCCGCUGCACCGGCCCGCGCCCCCAGAUGCUGCUGCUGCCGCCGCGGCCGCCGCCCCCGCGGGCCGCCUCCCCGGAGGCCGUGGAGCCGCCGCCGCCCAAGGCGCCCCCGUUCCCGCAGGCCGAGGGUCCCGCGUCCGCUCCGUCCUCGGCGUCCGGCCCGCGGCCCCCGCGGCUGGGCCGCCACCUGCUCAUCGACGCCAACGGGGUCCCCUACACGUACACGGCGCCGCUGGAGGAGGAGCCCCGCGGGCCGGCCCCGCGCGAGGCGCCCCCGGCCGAGCCCGCGCCCCGCAAGGGCUACCCGUGCCCCGAGUGCGCGCGCGUGUUCGCCAGCCCGCUGCGGCUGCAGAGCCACCGCGUGUCGCACUCGGACCUCAAGCCCUUCACGUGCGGCGCCUGCGGCAAGGCCUUCAAGCGCUCCAGCCACCUGUCCCGCCACCGCGCCACGCACCGCGCGCGCGCGGGACCGCCGCACACCUGCCCGCUGUGCCCGCGCCGCUUCCAGGACGCGGCCGAGCUGGCGCAGCACGUGCGGCUGCACUGAGCGCCCCCGCGCCCCGUCCACCCCGCGCGUCAUGUAGACCAAAGCCGCCGCCCUCC